CUUCCUUUCCCUUCCCGCCACUGCUCGUCAAUCGUUAGUAUCCGCCGCCGGGCUGGUAAGGGAAGAGAAGGGAAAAGAAGAGCGGAGAGGGGGUCGGGUCGCUGCACAGCCAGGACCGCGGGGCGAGGGAGGGGCCAGCGAGGCCGACAACUAGUCGGCUGGGGCCUCGUCUGAAAGCGAGCCGACCCUCCAACGACAGCAGGCCGAGGCCGCCCGACGCCUCUUCGCCAGAGGAAGAAGUUCUUGGUAAUGUAUGAAGAAUAGCAGAAGACAACAAAAGGUAAAAGAAGACUUCUAGAAGAAAAGACACUUGUCGUUUGCAAGCAUGCCAUUUCCCUUUGGCAAAUCACACAAGUCUCCCGCAGACAUAGUGAAGAAUUUGAAAGAAAGUAUGGCAGUUCUAGAAAAACAAGAUAUUUCUGACAAGAAGGUAGAAAAGGCUACCGAAGAAGUUUCAAAAAACCUAGUUGCCAUGAAAGAAAUCUUAUAUGGCACCAAUGAAAAGGAACCUCAGACAGAAGCUGUAGCUCAGCUUGCUCAAGAACUAUACAACAGCGGUCUUCUUAGCACCCUAGUAGCUGAUCUACAACUCAUUGAUUUUGAGGGCAAAAAGGACGUGGCUCAAAUAUUUAACAAUAUUCUGAGAAGACAAAUUGGUACUAGAACACCCACAGUUGAAUACAUCUGCACUCAGCAAAAUAUAUUGUUCAUGCUGUUAAAAGGGUAUGAAUCUCCAGAAAUUGCUCUGAAUUGCGGAAUCAUGUUAAGAGAAUGCAUCAGACAUGAACCACUAGCGAAAAUAAUCUUGUGGUCAGAACAGUUUUAUGACUUCUUCAGAUAUGUGGAAAUGUCAACAUUUGACAUUGCUUCAGAUGCAUUUGCCACUUUCAAGGAUUUACUUACAAGGCACAAAUUGCUAAGUGCAGAAUUUUUGGAACAGCAUUAUGAUAGGUUCUUCAGUGAAUAUGAAAAAUUGCUCCACUCAGAAAAUUAUGUAACAAAACGACAGUCACUUAAGCUACUUGGUGAAUUGCUACUGGAUAGACACAACUUCACAAUUAUGACAAAAUAUAUCAGUAAACCUGAAAAUCUCAAGCUAAUGAUGAAUCUUUUACGGGACAAAAGUCGCAACAUUCAGUUUGAGGCUUUCCACGUCUUUAAGGUGUUUGUAGCCAAUCCUAACAAGACGCAACCUAUAUUAGAUAUUCUCUUAAAGAACCAGACCAAACUUAUUGAGUUUCUCAGCAAGUUUCAGAACGACAGGACCGAGGAUGAACAAUUUAACGAUGAGAAGACCUAUUUAGUUAAACAGAUCAGGGAUUUGAAAAGACCAGCACAACAAGAAGCCUAAUCUUCUAUAAACCCCUAAAAUAUUAAAUCCAAAUUCAGCAUUUGCUGUUAGAUAUUCAGCAUCAGGCACUCUUAUCACUUCAUGAGGAACAUUACUGCUAAUCCGCUGUUCAGUGAACAGUUUGUUUGUUUUUUCUUCUCUUUAUUUUUUAGUCCGAGUUGACAAACCUAGCUGCUGCUUUCUUGCACAAUGUGGACUUUCUUGAUAUUUGUGUCUGAAUUCAAGCACGCCGCUUGUUUUUAGAAGUCCAGGGUGGGGGUGGGAUGGGAAAGAUUAUUGGUUCAUGAAACAAACAUAUAAGACAGUUUGAGAUAGGAGAGAAGGUAUUAGACUAGUUUAUAACAGGGUGCAUGCUAGCAAAUCUGAUUCAAUCCAUAUGUUUGCACUUAACCUUGUAUGAGAUGCGAGCACAAUGUGAUCUGUGCAUAUUUGGCACCAUAGUAUAAGAUUAUAUGCCUUGAUUUUUUUUUUAAAAAUGUGCAGUGCUUUAAUUGUAAUCAAAGGGGAAAUGUAUCUAAGAUGUGAGCUUUCUGGGAUGAACAGUUGUCUUGCAAAUAAAAUUGAUACUGAAACAUAGCAAUGUCUAAGAAUGACAUCUCAAUGUUCAUGAGGAAAAUGUAUAUAUGCCUUUCAUUGCUUUAUAGUUUGUUUUUGACAGUGAUUUUCUGAGAAUUGAGAUGUAGACUUGGAAAUACAUUAUAAGAAUUUUUGUUACUUUUACUUCAAAUUGUGUUUCAGACAAUAGAGCUUAGCAGUGACACUUCGUGUUUCUUUUCAACAAUGCUUGUUUUAUUCUGUAUAUAACUCCUACGCUGCUCAUUUCUUUAAAAAUGAUUUAAUUUGUACAGCAGAGGAAUGUUAAUGUAUUAGUCUGUAACUUUUACCUGAUACUGAUACUGAAUUUUGCAAAAUGAAAGCUCAUGUAAAAUGUUACCUUGGAUCACAUGAAAAUACUGAUUUCACAUUUCUUAAAUACUGCAGCAUUAAAAAGAAUCCAUUUUUUUCUGUAUUUGCAAGUAUAAUGCAGUGCCAUCAGUUAAAGUAGACUAAAAAUAUAGCUCUGGAACCCACUAAACCUGUAUUCCUCAAUGUUGGCCUUCUCCAUUUAUAUCAGUGCUGUGUUUGGCCAAUUGUAAAUUAUAAAGAUUAUGCUAAAUUAAUUCAGAUUUGUUUUUCAUGUGGGUAUAAAGAGAAUCUCUCUUUUCAUAUCGUUAGUAUAAUAGUUGUGUUGUAUUUAACUUAUAUUUUCCCAUCAACAACCAUAAUUUUCAUAACUGUCCUAGUGUCAAUAUCCUGUUCCUUAAUGCUGCAAACUAUCAGUAUUUUUUUAAAGACUGAUUUUGCACCACUUUUUGUUACUGUGAUCAUAACAAAAUGCUAGAUAUAUCUAAAGUAUGUUAUCAAAAUCUUAUCUAUUCACCAUAAUAGUAGAACUGAGAUGACAACCAGCCAACUUUUUGAAUUAGGAGUAUGAAAGUUCAAAUUCCGCAUGACUGAAUCUGAUUGAAAAUGCUAUACAAUUAUUUAUUGCUUUCUAGCAUCUAUAUGAUUAAAUUAUUUUACAAAUGAUUAAUUUGCUGAUUGACAUUUUAGCUAAUUUUUAAAGCCUUCAUAAUGGAAGUUGGAAUAAAGUCCAGCAAAUAGAAUUCUGAUAAUAUUGGAUAUAUGUUUCUUUCAGCAGUCAUAAGCCAUUUGCAAAAUGAUCUGUAAUAUCUACUGAAAAAGAUCAUUAUCCUCUAUUGCAGUGUUUCUCAACCUUGACAAUUUUAAGGCAUGUGGAAUUCUGGGAGUUGAAGUCCACAUGCCUUAAAAUUGUCAAGGUUGAGAAACACUGCUCUAUUGAAUCAUUUAUAUAGACAGGCAAAAGCAGCCGUGGAGGUGGUAAUAUUAUAGAUCAGUACAGUACUUUGUCUUUUUUUAUAUUUUGGUUUAGUAUAGCUAAGACAAGGAAAUAUUAGGUGGCAAGUUAUUCUCCAUUAUGCACAAGGCUUCCACUUUUAGAAAAAAAUAUAUAGACAUGCUAAAAGUUGUAUAUCUCUGUGUAUAUAUAUCUAUAUGUGUGUGUAUGUGUGUGUGUACACACACAUCUAUCAAAAUAGAUAUAUGAAAGUUAAAAGAUGGAUCUGGAUAUUGAUUUUGCUUCUCUUAUUUGGCAUGGGACAAAAGGUUAUACUUUAAAAAAACAUUAAUCCUUGGAGUGUUGGCUUUCAAAAAAAGUUGUAUUUAAGACCAUUUGAUGUGCUAUUCAUAUUAAACUAUUGUACUGGAAAUGGUUUCUUAUCUGUGUGAAGGCUUAAAGAUAUUACUAAAAGUUAUUUAAUGUGAGCUUUUGGGUUUUUUUUUCCUAAAUGUGUACAAUUGUAAAUUUACUUCCAUGAAAGCAUCUCAUUUCUUCAAAUGAAUGCAUUUCUUAUUAGAAGAUCUGGCUGGCCCCUUAAUUUAAAUUGAAAUAAAAUUUUGAAGAAACACGAAUUGUGUGCUAUAUAAUAUGUAUCAAGAAGAAAGUUCACCCAAAAGUGAGUAUUUCUCCUAAGAAGUAUUCCGCUUCUUGUAAAACAUUGGCCGUGCAUUUAAAAUUUUCAUAUACGUACAUAAUAUCAAACCAGACAUAUUUACCACCUGGUCUAUUCCUGGUUUAUGCAAUUGUUAGAGUUCUUAAAAAUUAUUUUAAGUUAAAUUUUGGUCCUUCUAAUAGAAAUGGUCAAAUAUAUUUGGAAUUUAAAAAAAGACUAUUUUUUUAGGACCGAUUUGCUUUGCAGAAGUAUUUGAGGUUGUACUGCCAUUGUCUUCUCCAAAGUAUCCGAACAACUAUUUAUGGGUGAAUAUGUUGAGAAUAGUAAGGCAUCUGAGCAGUUUUCCUGCUACUUGAAGAGAUCACUAAGUAACUUCACGUUUCAAUCUUUAGAGUAGAAUUGCCAUUGAAUAUUAUAUAUAAAUCUAUGCCAUAUCAUAAAUGGUUUUGGAGUUCAUAAAUGAUUACCUAGGCAGCCUCCAUAUAUCAGUUUUCUGUAAGAGUAGUCCUUUCUGCCUCCUAAAGGUAUACUCACUGUUUAAAAAUUUUAUGCAAUUUUUUAAUAAAUGCUCAGAUCCGCAGCACCAAUAAAAAGUGCUUCUUCCCUUCCCACCCCCCAAAACUCUGCUAGAUCUUAUACAAAAGUGUAUUAAAUUAUUAAUGAUUACGCUUGUUCAUCACACUUAAAUUUUUGUCUUUGAAACUUAACAGAAAUGUUAGAAUACAUACAUUCAUACAUCUUGGAAUAGCAUAUUUGUAGAAAUAAAAUGCCCUAAUUUUUGCAAGAUU